GCCAGAGCAGGCGGAGUCGGAAACGCGCCUCCGUCGGUCCGUCCUGUCGGUGUUUCCGCUUCUUUCUGCUCGGAGUCUCCGUUCGGUGCUCGGACCCUCCGGGACCGGGUCUUUGUUCCAUAGGACCGGCGAACACGCGCGGCGCUGCCCGGACAGGCACGGCUCGUGAGGCCUCGUCCCGCUCCUCCUCGUGUGGAAAAACCCGGACGGAGGCCCGCAGUGUCUCGCCAGCCCUCCUCCUCCUCCUCCUCCUCCUUAGGCCUCCUCCAGACCCGGACCCGGACCCAGACCUUUGUCCCGGAAAAUGGACGGAUUCACUGGCAGUCUGGAUGACAGUAUGUCCGGAGCCAGUGUUUCGGACGUCAAUGACCGCCUGUCGGCGCUGGAGCUCCGUGUUCAGCAGCAGGAGGAUGAGCUGACGGUGAUGAAGGCGGCUCUGGCCGACGUCCUCCGCCGCCUCGCUGCCUCCGAAGACUCAGCGUCGAACACCAAGAAACAACACACAGGAAAAGGUGGAACUCCGCUACGUGAAGCGUAUUCAAUGUCCUGUAUCGCUAACGGUGGAACUUCUGGAAGAAAGAGAGACUCGACGUCUGUCACCAGGAAGGAGACAGUGUCAUCUGCUGCCAAGAGCGGAGCAGACAGGAAGAAGGAGCUCGGCAGUCAACGGUCUCAGAUGGAGGAGAUCCAGGAGCGUGAGGAGCCUCCUCACCCAAAGGAACCAGCUCCCAGUCCUUCCCCUUCCUCCCCCCAGACCCCCCACCUGCAGAGAUCGACCCAGUCCGACAGCAGUAAAAGCCACACCCCUCCCAAAAGAGGUCCCAGUGUGAAGCGGUCCUCAGGUAUGGAACGUUCCCAGAGUAGCACCUGGGAAAGUUCAGAGGAAAACCGGAACAAGCUGGUGAAAGCUGCGUCCACCUCCAAACUGUUGGCAAAGGUGGUGAAGAAUGCUGAAAGGCACAAAGACCCAGUUGUCAGUCAAGCCAAAAUGUCGACCAGAGAGAAAAACAGCCAAGCAGAGGGAAAUCACAUAAAGAUGUUCAUGCGUGGUCGACCGAUCACCAUGUACAUACCAUCAGAUGUGGAGAACUACGAGGACGUUCGGACGGAGCUGCCGUCGGAAAGACUCAAACUGGAAUGGGUGUACGGUUACCGAGGCAGAGACUGCAGAGCCAACGUCUACCUCCUUCCCACUGGAGAGAUCGUGUAUUUCAUUGCCUCGGUCGUCGUUUUGUUCAACUAUGAAGAGCGAACUCAGCGACAUUACCUGGGACACACUGACUGUGUCAAGUGCCUGGCCAUCCAUCCCGAUAAGAUCCGAAUCGCGACAGGACAGAUUGCAGGAGUUGACAAAGACGGACGGGCGCUGCAGCCUCAUGUCCGGAUCUGGGACAGCGUCAGUCUGUCCACGCUGCAGGUUAUCGGUUUGGGGACGUUUGAGCGAGGAGUCGGAUCGCUGGCGUUCUCCAAAGCUGACUCAGGUCAUCACCUCAGUGUGAUCGACGACUGUAACGACCAUAUGCUCACAGUUUGGGACUGGCAGAAAAAGUCCAAGAUCGCUGAGAUUAAGACCACUAACGAGGUGGUCCUGGACGUGGAGUUCCAUCCCACCGACCCAAACACCAUCGUCACCUGUGGAAAGUCACACAUCUUCUUCUGGACCUGGACUGGAACCUCGUUGGCCCGUAAACAGGGCAUUUUUGGGAAAUACGAGAAGCCAAAGUUUGUCCAGUGUCUGGCCUUCCUGAGCACUGGAGACAUUCUGACCGGUGACUCUGGGGGAGUCCUGCUGGUCUGGACUCGAGACUCUGCUGAGCCCCCCACAGGGAAGGGCCCCCGAGCGUUCAGGAUCAAUCGGCAGGUCAAAGGUCACGAGGGCAGUGUGUUCUGUCUGUGCGAGAUGCGGAGUGGAACUCUGCUGACCGGAGGAGGGAAAGACCGCAAGAUUGUCCUGUGGGACCAUGAUCUUCGACCCGACCGGGACAUCGAGGUCCCAGAUCAGUACGGAGCCAUCAGGGCCGUGUCCGAGGGCAAAGGGGAUGAGUUCCUGGUCGGAACCUCACGGAACUUCAUCCUCAGAGGAACGUUCAAUGACGGCUUCAUGGUUGAGGUCCAGGGACACACAGACGAGCUGUGGGGUUUGGCGUGUCAUCCGUCCAGACAGAUGUUCCUGACGUGUGCUCAGGAUCGACUGGUUUGUCUCUGGAACUCCGAUGAUCACAGUCUGCAGUGGAGCCGAACUCUGGAGGAACACGGGCACUGUGCCGACUUCCAUCCCAGUGGAGCUGUGGUUACCAUAGGAACGCACUCGGGAAAGUGGUACGUCCUGGACGCUGAGUCCACUGACCUGGUGGCGAUCCACACUGACGGGAACGAGCAGCUGUCGGUGAUGCGGUUCUCUGUAGAUGGUGGUCUGCUGGCGGUCGGAUCUCAUGAUAACUUUAUUUACCUCUACACCGUCACGGAAAAAGGACGCAAGUACAGUCGAUAUGGAAAGUGUACGGGUCAUUCCAGUUACAUCACUCACCUGGACUGGUCACCUGACAACAACUUCAUCAUGUCCAACUCUGGAGACUAUGAGAUCCUCUACUGGGAUGUACCCAACGGUUGUAAACUGAUCAGGAAUCGUUCAGAGUGUAAAGACAUUGACUGGGCGACGUACACCUGCGUCCUGGGAUUCCACGUCUUCGGGGUGUGGCCUGAAGGAUCCGAUGGCACCGACAUCAACGCUCUGAUCAGGUCUCACAACAGGAAGGUCAUCGCCCUCGCAGACGACUUCUGUAAAGUUCACCUGUUCGCCUACCCAUGUUCCACACCCAAGGCUCCCAGUCAUAAAUACAGCGCUCACAGCAGUCAUGUGACCAACGUCAGCUUCCUGUACAAAGACAGUCACCUGAUCUCCACUGGUGGGAAGGACACCAGCAUCAUGCAGUGGCGUCUGGUGGAGAAGUCCUCGCUGUCACUCACCGACGGCCUCCUCUCUAACUCCGCCCCCCGCCGAAUGGACUCCAUUUUCACUCCGCCCGCUCCCGCCACAACCACGCCCACACAGGAGGUGGCCCCUCCUCCUCCUCCUCCAUCCCUGACAGCCAACGGGACUCAAGAACAUUCACCGGAAACCCCACCCCCCGUAGAGCUGGCCCCACCCCCUGCCUCAGAGUUAACCCCGCCCCACUCUGAGUCAACCCCGCCCCCCUCUGACAGCACCGUGAGUCUGAAGGACAGCCUGGACCCGAGCGACGACACGGCCACGCCCAGCGACGAGGGGCUGCCACCCUUCACCCCACCCUCAUAGGGACUCCUGGAGGGGAGGGGGUAUCUGGGAGAGCUGGACCUGAGCCACACCUGAGAGGGCGGGGCCUCAGUCACACCUCAGUCACACCUGACACUCCUUUUCCACCAACAUCCCCCGGUGCUGGUUCAGCCCGGUAGUCACACAUGUAGACACCGCACUGGUAAGAUGUCAGCGCCGCCGCCAUUUUGGAGUCGGUUGUAAACGCAAACAAGGAAACGAGGGAAAUCAAAAUGUUUAGUGUUGGAGAAAUCUGCAGCUUCACCGCUAGAUGGCGCUAAAUAUCACACUUCACUGUGAAGAUAAAAUGAGUUGAUGAAAAACAAAUGUUAGCAUGUUAGCACGUUUAAGUCUAUCAGAGAUCUUGACCUUUGACUUUUCGCUAUAGACAUUUCUUCUGUUCAUCCUUCAGACUUUCAUGUAGACCAUCUGUUGUGUUUUCAGGUGGCGGUUCGUUGACUCCAGCUCCUCCUUUAACCUGUUUGCGUUUUAACUGAUGCAAAAUGGCAGAAGCGUUGACAUCACAGCAAUGGACUGAGGCGACCAAUGCGUCGUCUACAUACCCACGUCCAUGGGUUCAACAUGCAAACCCUCCAGGAACAUUUUCCUCCUUAGAGCUUCGUUCUGUCUCUACAGGUUCAGACACGUUCAGAGCCAAUGACAAUCUUACAAAGAAACAAGCUAAUGGUAAAGCUAACGUUACCAAGCAACAAGUUGUUGUAACGUCGGUUCAGGCCAGUUUGGAUUCAACAGACUCGAUGCUACUCGAGCUCUGAUUUCUAAAAAUGAUGUUUACAAAGUUCCCGUUGGUCCUGAUAGUCCUGAACCAGACCCCGAUGUAACUGGUUCUUUGUUCAGGACCCACAAAGAGUUGGCUCUGCUCUGGAAAGAACCAGUUUUCAAUAGGAAACCUUUCAGUAGGAAAACUGGUUCUUUGUCAGAUGAAACAGACCUGGUUCUAGACUAGACCCUGGAACCACCUCAGGGGUCUGAGAGUUAGACCGGAGUCACAGUUAAAACGAGUGGUGCCUAAUGGCGGCCAUGAACCAUGUGGUUUUUCUAGCAAUGUCAGUGUUACAGAUGGAUUUAUGAUGGAGUUGAGGCUCCAGUCGUCUGGAUUCAUUUGUUGUUAAACUCACACUAUUUAAUCUUGAUGUCAGAGUUAAACCUAAACUCAGAGUUACUUAAACCCAACUCUGACCUGCCCAUAGUUCUCAUCAGUUCAGCCAUGACUCAUGCAAGCCGUCCCAAAUUGGAAUUGCUGAGCUGUACCGAGCCCAGACCUCAACUGAAUCUGUAACGAGUUCUUCAUUUUCAUUCAUUAACUCCUCGAAUCCAGUGAUGAGACUGGAUUCUUAUUCUGUGGAAACGGAAAACAAAACAAAACUGGAGAAACAAAAGAAUCUGUUCUUAUUCUGAAAAUUAUUACUCAGAUUUCCUGUUAAAAAAAACCUGUCGACUAAAAACUGGCUUUUGACACAUAGUCGAGAUGUGACAGGACAUCGCACUUUAGUCUCUUUAAAGUCUGUAUUCGAGAUGUAAACAGGAAGUAAACAAGCCUUAACCAGAAAGUAAACGAGAUGUAAACAGGAAGUAAACAAGCCUUAACCAGGUAGUAAAUGAAAUGUAAACAGGAAGUAAGCAAAAUGUAAACAAGCCUUAAAUAGGAUGUGCAAGUUUCAGGUUCAAGUGUUUCUGAAAGUGGGAAAGGCAAUGAUCAUGUCGGUCCGAGGUGGACGUCAGGUAAACGGAAGGUCGUCGUCAGGAGAGAUUUGUCAGGUGUUUGAGCAUGCUUGUUUUAGCUUUAAUAGUUUUCUCUGUGGUGAAUGUAUCCUGUUCUUCUUCGUUGGUGGUGGGCAGCGUCUAUGAUUAUUUUAACCAAUCAGAUGCUCAGUGUUUUAACCCGACUCAGAGGAUUGAAUUACACGUGUGGGCGUGGCCUCUGUGUCCUUUUUGUCAUUGAUAAAUGUGUCACGUUAGUCGAUCAGUUAAUUUUACCUGUUUAUUUGUUUAUUUUUUUAAAUUCAGAUAUAAAGUGGAAUAAACAUCAGGUCUUCGUUUCCUGAUGUUUCAUGAACUAAAUGAUGGAUUGGAUGUGGACGUGUCAGUGUCCUCAGGUCUGGGUUUGGAUUUUGUACAAACACAUUAAAGUUUGUUCAGAUGUCAACACUGUAACAGCAGAAAAUGACAAAAACAAAUGGACAAAAAUCUCAUUCGAACCAAAAUACUGGACUCUGUUUGACCCGAUGGAUGUAUCCACAUUUGUUCAAAGAUGGUCGAGCCAGGUGCAUGGGGGGGUUAACGUUUUAUUCCUGGGGGCAUCAUUGAGCCACAUCCGUAACAGCGACUCAUAGAUAUAACAUCUGUCGCAGAGUUUUGAGUUUUUAUGCAUGUUUAGCCCAUCAACAACCAGUAAGUAAAAUAAUUCUUUGUAUCAUUUCUGUCUGUUAGCUGCAGAUGAUGCAGCAGUCGACCUGUUCAGGGUCGUCCUACUGCUGGUGUCCGUCCACGUUUGGACAUUCAGGUCCAGCUCUCAGAUCCUUGUGGGUUUAUUGGUCCGUUGGGUGGAACUGGUGUCACUCUGAGGCUCGUGGUUCAGAUUCUCGAAGUCACUGGGCUUUGGUCGUCACAUCGUCUGAACGAGGACGAAUGCAGCUUUAUCUGUAGUAAAUAUGGUGAAACUGGAUGGAAAAAAUAACAGCAGGUUAUUAAAAACCCUUUAAAUAUUUCCCAGAGUCUCUGUUCAGACCAAAAGUCAAGUGAACUUGUCACACAAUGCGAUGACGAUCUCACAUCAAACCUAUGGAAACGGUUGUUUAUGACGUCAGCAGAUAUUUAGUGUGAACGUGUGACGUUAAAACCAGGUUCCCCAAACCCAAGAGUCAAAGACACAAAUGAAAUUAUUGUGGAAAGCAGAGCAUCACCUCAUGCAUGUCCCCAUCUGUGGGUCACUAUUAAGCCCCUCCUACUGUGGCGUUAACUCCCAUUAGGACAGUGCACUUCACAUUUGGUCUGAACUUUGGUAAAACCAUGAGAUGGAAGCCUGACGGACCCGGUGGCGUCUCCACAUCUGUGUCUGUAUAUACUCCGGAUGCCGUCUGUAUAUUUCUGGUCACCACCAGGGGGCAGCAGCUCCCGGCACAUCUGUAAAACACAUCCAGCCUCUGAGAAACGCGCAGCCAAUCAGAAGACAGGCUGUAAUCCACAGGUGUCAUUUGAUUGGCUGAUAUAUUUUUUUUCUGAUGUGGACUCACUUUCUUUUUCUUCAGUUUUUUGGACCAUUUCCUUUAUGAAUGUGGUGAUGAUGUCACUCCAGUGGGUGGGGCGGGGUCAUUCGUGACAUGGGCGGGGCCUUUUUUAUUACUCACCAGUUUAUGUUGAUUUUUUUCUAAGGGCUUGUACAGGAAGUCACAGAGGGGCGGGGCCAUGGGGAGGGGUGGGGGGUUAUGGGAGUUUCUGGAUUAAGAUGUUUGUUUUUCAACGUUCAGUAACGACACGGUUACUGAUGAUGAUGAUGAUGAUGAUGAUGAUGAUGAACAUGUUCAUGUGAUGACGUUUUGAGCCAAUCAUGUCUUCUCUCAUGCAUUCCUGUCAGACGACAGACUGUACUGAAGAUUGUAACAGAAAAUAAUGCAAAUAAAUGUUUUCAAAACUGCGACAA